AUUUGCAAGAAUCCGUUACUGUUUCGCACUUUGGAGGAAAAUUUCCAGGCCUUUUUGACAGAUGUGAAGGUUCCAGCAGGAUUUGCAGAUAAUGAUUACAAACUGAAGCCACAUCACAAAACAUAUAAAUUCUGCCACAAAUUGGUCAAAGAAUUUAUUGAUGAGAAAUCUGAGGAUUUUUGCCUAACGGAAAAUUUGCAUUCCAAACAGUUCUUUGAUGAACUUAAACAGUUUGUACGUAGAAUUAUCAGAGACUGAAGGAAGUUUUUCCGAUUUUGAUCUUGAGCAAACAGGUAGACUGCAGAAAAUUGAUUUGUUUGAGGAAAAUGUCAAAGUUAAAGGUGUCGUGGUAUGCAAAUUUAGUAAAAAAGCAAAGGUGUGCAUUUUGAUAAAAAUGAAAGAUCCCUGCAGAGGACUAACUGGCAGUUUCUCACUGUCUGAAGUCUUUGUUGACCUUCGUGAGGAAGAUGACACUGAUCAUGAAGGAUUUCAUCUUAACCUGGCUGUGGGAGACAUUGUAGAAGUAACAAAGUGUAGAAGAAAGGAGGGAACUGCAUUGGAACCAGAGAUAGUGACGUAGGUCAACAAAUUUUUUACGUAUGCAGGAUCAAAGACAGAAUUCUCACAUAAGACAAAGCAUUGCAUGUAGUAAAUGCCAAGCUAAGGGUACUUAUGGUAGUGGAGAUAUAGGCUAGAUCCCAGAAGGGUAUUCCAAAAUAUAGUGUGGGAUUUGCGAACCUUUUAUAGGGGAUAUGGGAUUUGGUUUUGCUACGAGAACAGGAAGUGGGAUUGACCAAAAUUUGGGCACGGGAGUAGGAUUGGCAAAGGUAAAAACAAUGGUGAUGCAGUUUAUGUUGAAGGUUUUCUGAUGGUGUACAAUUCUUUAAGGCUGUGCUCUAAGAAAAAUUGAAGGGGGCCCAAGCAUCGACCUGUACCUGUGAAAUCCAGGGUGCCCAGAAAAUUAUUUCUAUGAAAAAAGCUAAGAUUUUCUGGUUGCCCGGGAACAAAUGUUAGACACCAGAGGCCACUGGGUGCUGUAAGAGCACAAAUCUUGUUCUUUGUUUCUUGUUCACAAAUUGUGAGUGAUUAAAUUGUUGUGUUGUUUUUAUUGGUGAAUAUGAUCAAAAUGAUUGGAAUGCUAUCGAAUUUGUGCACCGUCAGGUCCACAAAAACAUAUAUUAAAGGAGUCUGACAGGAUUCAUAACCAUUAUUAACUUAUUUUUUCCCAUAUCUUGCAAAGGUGUUAUUCAUUAAGUGACGCUCAAAUUGAGUCAUUUCUGAUGCAUUUGUCAAACUCUGCACAAGACAGAGGUGCAUCUGCAACUAUGAUUGAAAUCACAAGGUAUUUAUAUUAGUUAAUACAAUAAUUGCAAUUAGUGCUUUUUAUCCCAUCCUCAUCUGAACCAAAUGGACUCUUCUGUGUGUGACCAUGUGAAAAAUAAGGAUUGACUGUCCAAAAAUAAAAAUAACGAUAGUUAAUUAAUAUAAUUCAAUUAGUUUAAAUAUAGAAAAAAAAACAAGAGAUAAUGAUCAGAAUCUAACUGUAUGGACAUACAGUAGAGGUUUGGUUAUACAAUUAAGAAAUCUCUGUCAGCUAAAACAAUCUGUGACUGGCCAGUUAAGUGCAGUACAUUGACAUUGUUCGUUUGGCCUGCCUGUGUUCUUGAAAUGCAUAUUCAAUCUACUUACACCUUUUUGUCUUGGUUAGUAUACAUUGUACAAUGUGCAGUUGAGGUUUCUAUAUAUAUGAAGUAGGCAGUUGUUUUGAGUACAGUUUUGGACUGUUAGUCGCAAGGUUUGACAGAAUCUUCUUUAUGUUUCCUCUUUAGGUUUUCUGCAGCCUGGAAGUACAUCCUUAAUCUUUCCAAGGAGGAAUACUCAGACAAGAUAAUCCUUCAGAUUUUAGAAAUCAUUAAUAAGAUUGCCUCAGUUGUGCCAAUGUCACCUACAGUCAGUGCAAUGGUUCAAGGAUUUCAGCAGAGUGUAGUGUUUGGUUCAGUCCUUUCUGGUUUCAUAAAUGAAGUGACUGGGAGACCAAGCCAUGUCAGG